AUGCCCGAGACUUGCCCGAGAGUGAGUCGGGCCUUGCGCUUGUGCUACGCUGACCUCAGUCUGCUGUCGUGCUCGUCGUACGCCGCCCGAGUCUCGGCGACCGCACCGGUCAAAGCAAACACAUUCACCAUGCCGAGCUGGUUAGCCUCGCUGUCGUCCCAUCCGAUCUUUGAGCUUCCCGACUCGCCCGCGACGGCUUCACCGACGCGCUCUGGACCGGGUCCUCAUCCCCACCACGAUCGCACUUCCGCCUUGGGGCAACACAACUCGACUUUCACACCACUAGCUCGAGCAUCUUCCUCUUCUUCGAGGUCACCCUUGUUUGCUAACGUCUCGACCAGCCCCAGGACGGGUCGCAACGGUUCGACCCCGACUCGCUCCUCUUCAGCGAGUUCCUCCGUCAAUGCACUCGCAUCUGCGCGUUCGAAAAAGCCCCAAGUCGGUGGCUUGGGAAGGCAGAGCAAGAUGGUCGUGGUUGCGCGCAGGGACUUGAUCGUUGCUGUCGGCACCGAGUUGAGGAUCACCAGUCUGAAUCAGGCCAAGGCGAGAAUGCAGCACGAGCGACCGCACGCGAACGAGACCGACCACGAUCGAGGGGAGUACAAGGUUAGUUCCCCACUCACAUCGGCGCAGUCGUAUCCGGCUAGCUGACGAGACUCUCCGCCUGGCUUGUGUGUGUGUGUGUGUGUGCUCGCGACCCACGCUUCCCCGGCCCAGGUGCUCCACACGCCCCUGAUCAACUUUGAGAUCCAGCAACUCGUGCUCAACCCGACCAACACUUUUCUCGCCGUCGUCGGCGCCCAUUCGAUAGCUGUCGUUGUCCUGCCGAGGAAAGGCUCGUCAUCGAUUGUUGGAUCGACCGUCGAGUGCAGGUCAGUCUUACAAUGGGGGAGAUUCCUGCCCCGACCGCUCGACAGCUGGAAGGGCAUCCUCGACAAUGCAAGCUGAUCUGAUCACUUCGAUCUUCACUCGCAGAUCGCUUCUGGUUGGUCACUACUACCACGGACUGUCCGGCUCACCGCUCGUCUCCCAAAUUCUAUGGCAUCCCUGGGGGGCGAACUCGUCCUCAUUGCUCGUGCUCACGAUCGACUCCACCAUACGCGAAUACGACAUUUCGACCGACGUCGAAGAGCCCACACAAACCUUGUCCUUCAUCGAGCAUCAACCACAACAAACAUCUCGCUCGACCCCGACCAAGCGAUCAGGAGCGCCGCGCGGCUUCUCGGCCGAAGACAGGAACGCCAAGAAAGCGGUGGCCAUGUGCUUGGGUGGGGGCCAGGCCGACUGGGGUCCUUUGACGCUGUUUGGAUUGAUGAGGAAUGGUGAUGUGGUGGCAAUUUGCCCUUUUUUGCCCAAGAAGGCGUAGGUCUUGCCGCUUCGGACCGCAGGUGGCAUCGUAUUGAGCUGAUCCGGUCCGGUCCGGUUGUGCCAAAUACACAGAUCCGUCCCGGCUUCGUACAUCCACGCAUUAUCCUCCUUCGUCUCUACCAAAGUCGACUACCUCAACGUCACCGAAGCCACGUCGGACUCGAUGGCUCUGACACUGACGAGUUCGACUCCGACCAAAUCUGCGGCCGCACCUCACCUUUCGUCCCUCUACGCUCGGCAACUCCAAUACGUGCACCAAUUGGUCCGACAAGCCAGUCGCGCCGGCGCCUCCUCGUCCAAUCUCGAAUCGGAAGGUAUGGACAUCGACCCUACGAUCCAAGACUCGCUAAAAGAUCACCUCGUUCAUCUCACGGCCCCACGCUUCGGUGCCGGCAACGCGAUCCCCAAAGUGCAAGGUCCGUUCUUGUUGCAACCCGAACCGAUCGAAUUGGACCACGGGGAGGAUUGCGAGUUGGACAGUUUGGCGACGGAUUUGUUGUAUCUGUAUUAUGAACCGCAGGAUCGAAUGAGGGUGGGGGACAAGGAGGUCAAGAUUGGUUUGGGCGUGGUCGGGAUCGCUUAUCUGGAUGGGAAGGUGGAUUUGUGUUUGGAGGUUGAAAAGGUUGAGGCGAGGUGGGAGGAGGGGUCUGCCGAAUUGAGAGGGGAGGAGGAGGAGAAGGACGCGUUGGACGAACUGCCGAGUUUGUGCGUUUACGAAACGAUCGAUUUGGGCUUGGUACGCGAGUUGGACGAACAACAAGCACGUGCUUCGAUGACGUUGGAAGGCGGUUGGGUUUCCUUCAUCAAGGAUCCACUUUACGUCGAUACGAUUUAUCUCCAACAUCCCUUGGGGUCGCACUGUAUCGUCCUGUCGAGGUGGUUGGAUGACCUCGUCGAUACGCUCAACCCGAGGUUGGAGACGGGGCAAGAGGACGAGGAGAAGCAAGCGCACGAGAUGAACAAGGCCGUACGGGCGAGUGAACCCAGUCAGGUCGUAUGGAUCGUCAAGACCGUCAACCCCAUCGCCGCAUCCGAUGACUCGACGACGGCUGAUGCGACGACGCCUCUUUCGGUCCCUGUUGUGGGUAUGGAUCUGAUCAAUGACGUCUACCUAGGGUACACGAUGCUCCUCGUCACCUCGUCAUUGCAACUCGUCGCGAUCGAGCUUUCACUCCGAGUCGAUUCCUCCCUCUUACCCUCAACGACCUUAUCCUCCUCCACCCACCGUGGCAAAGGGCUCUCGAACGAACCACCACCUUACCUUUCCCUACUUGAAACCCCGUUCAAAACACCUUCGAUCCUCACCUCGUCGUCCCAACACGUCCUGCCUCGUCAAGUCGUCCCCAAAUCCCUCGCGAAUAAAGGCGCUUUAGAAACCGUCACCCCCGAUUCAUUAAGAUUCAUCGCUAAAUCUGUUGAAGCUCUUCGAACGAGGUUGAGCGAUCUGGUCGACGCUUCGGAUCAGGUGCAGAAUAGGAUCGAAUUACAAUUGGCCGAAUUGGGGAGGCAAUUGACGAAAGUGCACGAGUUGAGAAAGAUUAUCGCGGGGGGGUUGAUUCAGGAGACGAGUUUGAACGCGGGGGACGAAGAAAGGGUGUUGAAGGAUCGGAUUGGUAAAGCUAAAGAGAGGCAGGAAGCCUUACUCAAGAGGACGGAUCGGAUCUUGCAAGGGUUGAUGGAUAGGCAUGCGCCUUCGGUGUCGACGUUUGAGAGGAAGUGGUUCGACGAGUUGAAGAGGCUAGAGGGGGAGAUUGAGGGGGGCAAAGAAGGGGAUGGACCGGGUUUGACGACGAGGGUCGAACGGUUGGUGGAGAAGGUCGAGAUGUUGAAGCCUGGGUUGGAGGAGAUGAAGAAGAAGAAAACGGAGGGGCCGAGUGGGGCAGGGAAUCUGGUUUUGGGGGGUACGCAAUUGCACAAGGUUGAGGAGAAGUUGGCGGAGGAGGCGGAGUUGAUCAUGGAGGCAAGGAGGAAGGUCGAGAAACUCAGUCAGGCGCUCGGGGCGUUGAGUAUGGCUUGA